AUCUUGGUCUAUGCCCCAACUCUCAAGUUAAAACCUCGUCCAACAACGUUUGUGUUUUUGGUUUUUGUUUUUUUUUUUUUGGUUUUUUAUUUUUUGUGUAUUUCGGACUGUCAUUUCUAGUAAUCGGUAAGCAAAAAAUGGAGCGCUUUGUUUCAUGCAGCGGUGGAUCAUCAUCGUCCAUCUCUAGAUUCCUCAGCCACGCCGUUUUUCUGCCAUUCUUGCUUUCUCUUCUGUGCUUUAGCUCUACAGAUGCUUAUGAUCCACUAGAUCCAAACGGAAAUAUUACGAUCAAAUGGGAUGUUAUAAGCUGGACACCAGAUGGAUAUCUUGCUAUGGUCUCGAUAAACAACUUCCAGAGGUAUCGUCAUAUCCAAGCACCCGGAUGGAGAUUGGGUUGGACAUGGGCAAAGAAAGAAAUAAUAUGGGACAUGGUUGGAGGUCAAGCCACCGAGCAAGGAGAUUGUUCGAAAUUCAAAAUGAAUAUCCCUCAUUGUUGUAAGAAGGACCCGACAAUUGUGGAUUUGAUGCCCGGUACUCCUUACAACAAGCAGGUUGCAAAUUGCUGCAGAGGCGGAGUACUUAACUCGUGGGUCCAAGAUACAGAAACUUCUGUGAGCGCGUUCCAAAUUAGCGUUGGUCAAGCUGGGACGACUAACAAAACUGUCAGGUUGCCGAAAAACUUCACCCUGAAAGCUCCGGGACCGGGAUAUACGUGCGGGCCCGCUAAAACCGUGACUCCAACCAAAUUUGUUACACCAGACAAAAGAAGAACUACUCAAGCUAUGAUGACAUGGAAAGUCAUUUGCACUUAUUCGCAAUUCCUGGCUCAAAAGACGCCAACAUGUUGCGUCUCCCUGUCGUCCUUCUAUAACGAUACGAUUAUCAACUGCCCGACUUGCACUUGUGGCUGUCAAAACAACAUAAAUCAACCAGGGACUUGCAUAAGACCGGGCUCGAGUAAUGUACCCACAGCGCUUUCGACUUCAAGUUCAGGAAGGAACGACUUAACACCUUUGGUCCAGUGUACUAACCAUAUGUGUCCCAUCCGAAUCCAUUGGCAUGUUAAGAUUAACUAUAAGGCAUACUGGAGGGUGAAGGUCACGAUUACAAAUUUCAACUACAGAAUGAACUAUUCGCAGUGGAACCUUGUAGUCCAGCACCCGAACUUUGACAAUCUCACGCAGAUUUUCAGCUUUAACUACCAGCCAAUAACGCCAUACGAAUCCAUAAAUGACACCGCGAUGCUAUGGGGAAUCAAGUUUUACAACGAUCUACUGAUGCAAGCCGGGCCUCUGGGUAAUGUGCAAACGGAGAUGCUAUUCCAGAAGGAUAAAUCGAAAUUCACGUUUGACAAAGGGUGGGCUUUUCCACGGAGGAUUUACUUCAACGGGGACAACUGCGUUAUGCCACAACCGGAUUCAUACCCGUACCUGCCAAAUGCUAGUCCCCGAACAGCUGUAUUAUAUCUUCUUCAUCCUAUAAUCGCAAUCGUAAUAGCAUCUCUGGUUCUAUUAUUCACCGGUGCUUAGUAAAAUCAGACAGAAGAAGAACACCGAUGGAAUUAACUAGCCCGGUUUUUGUUAUCUCAGCAAAGCUAAUCAUAUCCCACUGCUGCAGUUUGAGCAAAAUGGCUUUAAGGUGUCUUAGAACAUCAAAUUAGGCGUUGGAAUAUAUUUUGUUAUGAUUGUGUAGAUGAAAUGUGUGGAGACUGUUGCUCUGUAGUGGUAUAAUUUUGUACAUUCUGAGCAUUGUUGUUCAAACACUCUUCUGAGUGAACAUAAGUCCAUCAUUGUGAUGAUCUUCCUCAAUACCCCUGCCUCAAAUCAUUUCAUUAUCUAAGCAAUUUUUACAAGUAGAAA